AUGUCCCACUCUCACCCUGUCCUGCCUACCAAACCUAUCUCCCUUCCUUACUCCCACUUCUUCACUUCACCCAUUGCGCCUUACGCUCCCACCCUCAGGAUCAAGAUCAUCCCUCAUCUACUCAUCCAAUCCCCACCGCUGUCUCCAUCGGUGAUCGGCAGGAAACUAGAGGGAUGUACAGAGGUGGUGAUGCCUGUCGGAGGGAAGGUACCAAUAACCCUCACAGUGGACAAGGAUGUAUUGGGGGAUAUUGGUGUGGGAGAGGGGAUAGAAGGUCGUGUUAGAGAUCUAUUCAUGUACAACUUCAAAGUAAAUCAUUCCGCGCUCGGCUUAUCCCCAUUAGAGCCAGUGAUCGACCCGCCUUCCACCUCUGUUGUUACCUCAAAAUUCACUACCUUGAUCCUCAAUCCUUUGACAGCCUGCCCCACUAAAAAUGUCUUGUUCAAAAACCUUAUACCGUCAGCAUCCCCUAUUGCAUUUUUAACCGGUGUCGAUAUAUUCUACGAAUGGGUUGUAAACAGACCUAACAGCCCUAUCAAGCGCAAUCAGCAACUGCAGGAGGAUCAAGGACAAGAAGAUCAAGAGCAUGAUGAGGACAUACUGUUCAUCCAUGAAUUGGAUAUUGUUCAUGGGGCUUCCUCUCAGUAUAACAAUUCUACCUCACAGGGAGUCCAGGCUCGUGAUCUAGUCGUGACUCCUCAACUUGACAUUCACAAUAACUGGCUCCUGACACAGGUACGAUCGUCCAUUGAUAGACUGAUCAGGGAGCAGUUCAUCCGCCGCUUCCCACUUAUAUUCGACGGUGGUCUACUGUCUUAUUCAUCCACCCUCCAUAUUCCCCGAGGUAUCCCUAGCGCUCUGACUCAUUUACUCCACCUUUCAAACAUGUACAAUACGCCUCUUCGACAGGAGAUGAACCAGCUCCUCAAACCCAUCUCUCUCCAUCAAGAAGAGAAGUUAUAUAGCAUGGUCAGAGGAGGUUCAGAGCUCCAAGCCAGAAGGGGCAAAAGAAAGAGCAUUCCUCAAAGUCAAAUUCAGAGCCAAGGCGAACAAGGACCUUCAUACCCGAGUAAGAAGAAGAGACAGUCUGAUUCACCUGAGGUGGAGUUUAUGGAUCCCUCCGACCGCUGCCAUGCUUACCUAGAGCAGGUGAUGCAUAAGCGAAGAGAAUGGGACGGAGAGGGGAGUAAUAAGACGGAGAAGAAGUUGAAAAGAAUCAUUGGAGAUGUGCUGGGACAGAUCGGUCGAUCCAAUUUCGAGUAUAGAAGGAGAAAACCUGGGAAGAUGUCAUAUAAUAAGAUCAAAUUGGUCUCCAACGGUACAGAAAUCUCAAAGGAAAACACGUCAUUCUCCACUGCUCAACCUCAUAUCAAGGUCGGAAACCCAUUUUCUAUCCCUCAGUCUUACCCGGAGAUAGACAAAGUUGGAGAUACAGAAAGUAUCGCGGCUUACUCCUCCGGGAACGAACUCCUAAUCGAUCAGGAAGACGAAUACCAGCCAUAUGAGGAGGAUGACGAGCUCUUGCUGGAAGGUCCACCUUGCCACGAUGGACUGAUCGGUCAAGAAGAUGAGAAUGAUGAUGACAAGGAUUUAUUGCUGAUCGAAGAGGAUUUUGGGGACCAAGAGGAUGAGGAAAAAGAGCUGGGGUUAUUGAUCGAUAAGGAUCGAGCGGAAGAAGCUGAAUUGAUGAAGGAAGAGAAGACGAUGGGACUAUCUCCUGAACAAGUUCCCACGAGCCAUGACUACCAUCAUGAGAAAUAUCAUCAGAAUGGUCAAUUCCCUUUCAUUCAAUUUAACAAAUCCCACGCGACCAUUGACCACGAGCUUCGGAGGCCUCUUCUCCACAUGGACCACACAGUGCCUCAAUGUGUUGACGGAGAAGACAGUGAAAAUCAGCUGCUCAUCGACAAAGACCAGUAUGAUCAUCUACCGAUGAGCCACGGACAGAUAUGGGGUACGUGCUCGUUUCAAGCAGGAGAAGACGUGGGGGAGAGUGACGAUGAACUGUUAAUUUGA